AUAUGGAUAUAUAAACCAUUCAAAAUGAAUAACACAACCACAAAUUCACAACUUUUCCCCAAGAAGUCGUGCUUUGAGAAUUUUCAUUCACCGUAAGCCUUUUGAAGUUAACAGACAAUACCCUCCUUGUAAAAUGGGCAUUCUUAUGCCCCGCAUCACUCAAGCAAAGCAAAUUCUUAAACGGUCAUUCUCAAAUGGAAGUAGCACAACAAAAUCUAUGGAUAUCCCAAAAGGCUGUUUAGCCGUUUAUAUUGGUGAGCAAGAGAAGAAGAGAUUUGUAGUUCCCAUAUGGUUGUUAAUGCAACCUACUUUUCAACAACUGCUUGAUCAGGCUGAGGAAGAAUUUGGGAACAGGACGGUGUUACGUCAAGGCAGGGGGUCGUUUGGAUCAAACCCCUUGGGAACAGGACGGGGAGUAGGGAAGGGGUUUGAUUCUUGGCGCAAUGCAGAACCAAAAUCAUUCAAACACCGUUGGGUUUCCAUAAGGCUGAAGGAUCGGGACACAAUCGGCAUAUUGAACAAGAACAGGCGCAUAAAAGUUGGGAUGAAUUUGAUGAAGGAGGUUACUGUGGCGAUCGGGUGCCUAGAUUCGCCAAGAUGGAGUUUCCGGUGUAUGAGGGCAAGGAUGACCCACUCGAAUGGUCACAUAAGUGUGAGGACUUCUUCGAAGAACAACAAACACCGCCGGAGGCUUGGGUCUACCAAGCAACUUUCGCCCUAUAGGGCUGGGCAAACGGGUAGUACCGAAACCUGAGAAGGAUGAAAAAUUGUUUGAAUUGGGUCAAUUUUUUGGAAGAAUGCAAAAUCCGUUUCGGCCUGCCUAUAAGCUUGAAUCCCUUAGGGGAAUUAACUCGGCUUCGACAAGUUGGGACAGCAGAAGACUACUGUGAAACCUUCAAAUUAUUGUUGGGUAGGACGACGGGGGUCAUUCCGGAGCAAAGCAUUUGGCACUUUUGUAUGGGGCUAAUAAACGUGAUAAGAUAUGAGGUUGAAUUUGCAAGACCCAUAAAUCUAUACUAUGUCAUGAAUCUAGCCAGACAAAUUAAACUAAGGGUGGCGGAAGCAGGACAAGCAAUAGGUGUUGGGCCAACAGGAAACCAAACCUCGACUGCAAGCCAAAAACGAGAGUCAAAAGGAAAAGGAGGAGCUGGAAACUACUAAACUGAAACACUAAAUCCGGCCUGGAAAAAACUAACGUCUGCAGAAAUGGCAGAGAGGCGGGCUAAAGGCUUGUGCUUCAACUGUGAUGAAAUAUUAUCGAUUGGGCAUAAAUGUGCCAAGCUCUUUUGCAUCAUGAUGGAUAAUGAGGAAGAUGACGCUAAUGGGUGACUAUUGAGCUUGAGGACAAGAUCAAUGCGGAGGAGGGGAGUAAUGUUAUGAAUCAUAUGGAUAAUAAGUAUUUUUAAUUUCUAGAAAGUAUCUUAUUUUAGGGAAUUAUCUUGUUUCAUUUUUUAAAAUUGGUAAUUAUGAUCAUUUAGUA